AUUUUCUGAUUUUUAUUUUUUUGUAGACGUUCAAUGCUCGAUAUUAAUUGUCCCUGAACCACCGCUGGUAAGUCGCAUUGAGGGUAGCCGAAUGGGACAUAGUGCUGUUUUUGAAUGUCCAAUCGGAUACAAAUUAGAGGGUGCUUCUGGUAUAACAUGCCAGUACAAUGGUAAGUGGUCAGCAGAUGUGCCACGUUGCGAGGAGAUCGAAUGUCCGCUGAUAAAUAUUCCUGAUAAUGUAUUGCUUAUCGAACAUAACAAUACCUUCGGUGGAAAAGCUGUUUUUACUUGCAUGUGGGGACACAAACUCUCAGGGUCGCAGAGUAUAAGAUGUGAGAGUGAUGGCAGAUGGAAUGGAUCUAUGCCGACUUGUCUGGAAAUUACUUGUCCUGUGCCGGAAACACCACGAAGCGGACGUAUCGUUGAGCAAACUCGAUAUCCCAACAAAAAGCAGUAUCGUAACCGAAUAUAUAAAGUCGGCGCAUUAAUGAGAUUUGCCUGUUUGCCAGGUCAUCAAUUGAUAGGAGAAGCGUCUAUUAUAUGUACCGAAAAUGGCACUUGGUCUCAUCGCCCGCCAGUAUGUAAGGUAAGAUGCCCUUAUCCAGGCGAUCCUCCUCAUGGCCGAAUUGCUCCUCUCAAGUUUUGGUAUAAACCAGGAGAUAACAUUCAAGUAACAUGUUCACCUGGUUAUGUGACUCCUUUGGAACCAGUGAAGAAACCAUCGUGUCGGGAAAAUGGUAUUUGGAGUGCACCGCCGCCACCCUGCCGGUCUUACAAAGAAGUGUGAGCGUGUGGACGGAUUGCUGGGAAUGCUGCCUACAAGUUCUGUAAUGAUAUUAUGUCAUCGUGUGAUUUAAUUUUAGCUGGAAGGACGUAUACGAUACGGGUAUCAGUGCAUGAAUAUUAAGAACAUCGAAACUCGCGCAUUUAUAUUGGACUUUAUUUCGCAUGAUAGGCAUAACGUUAAUGAUCUUACCAAAUGAUGAAUAUAGUUACGGUUACGACUUACUGAACUGACAAAUAAUCACGAGUAGAUCAAUUAAAGGAAGACAUUUUACGUUAAACGUAGGUCAUAAAACUAUUAGUAUUUUGUUCAUAAUACUUCCAAAAAUACAACAA